AUGGCUCCAAUCUCAAAACUCCUCUCUUUCAUUUUCCUAACAACCCUUUUAUUUUCUCUCCAAAUUCAUGCCAGAGAAAGCCAAUUCUUCAGCAAAGUCACCCAUGUUGUCAACAACAAUGUCAAUGAAAGAGAAGUUCCCAAUCCCAACAAUGAAGGAUCAUUAAACAAACCAGAUCAACAACAACAACAACAACAACCAGUUUUCAUCCCAGAAACUGAAAACAGCUAUGGCUUAUACGGUCAUGAAUCUGGUCUAUACCCUCCAUCAACCACCUCAAACAAUGUUGUUCCCAACACUUACCAAUCAUAUGAGAAAACAUCAUCAUCACAAGAUGAAAACAAAAAUGCUUACAACAAUUACUUCACCACCAACCAGAUGGAUUCUUAUAGCAACAACAACAAGUACCCAAAUGAAAUCAGUGGCACAAAACUCACAGCAACAUCUUACAACAACAACAACAACAACAAUUACGACAAGUAUUACUACAACAACAACAAGUAUGCUUCUAAUGAUCCUAGCAACACAAAGUUCACAGAAGAAGCAUACAACUCCAUGGAAAACCAAAACAACAACAAGUAUUACUACAACAACAACAAUAACAACAAUUACAACAAUGGUGAGAGACAAGGGAUGAGUGACACAAGAGUUAUGGAAGGUGGAAAAUACUUUUAUGAUGUUAACUCUGAGAAAUACAACCCAACAUUAUUCAAUGGAGACUCAUCUAAAGGGGUUGUGAACUCUGAGAAUUGGUACAACAAAAAGGGUUACUUUGGUAGUAACAACAAUGUGAACACUUAUGAGAAUAACAAGAAUUCUAUGAAUGGUUAUCAGAAUCAAGAGGAGUUUGAGAGUGACCAAGAAGAAUUUGAGCCUUGA